GUGAUAUGGGAAUGGGAGGAUUACGCAACACGAGAAAAAUUCAACCCUCGUUCGUUUAAGAAGAAAGUCAGAUCAUCUCUCAAGAAGGACGGUUAUAUUGUCGGGGACUUGUCCAUCUGGAUUUACGCUCCUGAGAAUACAUGGUUGACUGAUAUGCAAUCGCAAGACAUAUUUUAUCACGCUGGGCUUGAAGUCAAUCCCCUUAAAGAAGAACCUGACUCUGAAUAUGAUGAAGGAGAAACUGCCUGUGAUUGUGAAGAAUGACUUAGCUGACUCCGAAUCGAAAUGUCCAUCUCUCGAAGGACACUCAUCAACAACUACCUCUGAAAUGCCUGUGGAUUUGUAACAAUUUAUUCCUAGCUUAAAAAAAGGCCUGUGUAUUUGGAAUUAAUAGUAUCUCCCCAAGUCUAAUACUAUAAGUUUAUAUAAUCUGAAAACGUGAAGACUCGUUGACAUC